ACAGACUUUGCUUUGAAAAGGCUAAAAAAAUGUCUGGAAAAAAAUGGGUUCUCCUUGUCGCCGGCUCAAAGGACUGGGAAAAUUACCAACACCAAGCCAAUGUGUGCGGUCUAUAUCAGAUAAUUAAGAAACAUGGGAUUCCUGAUGAGCAGAUUGUGGUGAUGAUGUAUGAUGACAUUGCUGACAAUCCAAAAAACCCAACUAAUGGAACCGUUGUCAGUGUAGUUAAUGACACAGACGUGUACUCAGGAGUUCCAAAAGACUACACUGGAAAGGAUGUGACCCCACAAAACUUCCUGGCUGCUCUUCAAGGGGAUGAGAGUACAGAAAAAAAAGUCAUAAAAAGUGGAGAAAAUGACAACAUAUACAUCUACAUGUCCGGUCUGGGAAAUGAAGGCACAUUUGAAUUUCCUGAGGAGUCAGUAAGUAUAAAACACAAAGACUGA